ACCCGCUCAUUUCAAACCAGUUCGCGGACGGGUCAACCUCGAGCGCGCGCGCCAUUCGCGCUUUUUGAAUUUUUGUCUCUUAAAAAACUUUGGAAUCGGGUGGGUGCGCGGGCGCCUGCGCCCCUACGCUCCGACAAUGGACACCGUCGCGCCUUCAGUUUCCUGUUUGCCCCACAACGCGAAAAUGUCGAAGGCGAAAAAAGUGCUGGAGGAGGCCCGGGAAAUCCAAAAUCCCGAGUUGGAUUUGUACGAUAAGGGCGUGGCGACCUUCGAGGAGAUGCCCGGACUCCUUAAUAUGACCUACAUUACCAGACUGACCUUAAGCCACAACCGAAUAAAAUCUGUUCCCCCAGGAUUAGCCAACCUCACCAACCUGGAAAUACUAAACCUGGCCAAUAACCAUAUCGAAGAGCUGCCCUUAUCUCUGUCAUCCAUGCCCAAAUUGAGGAUAUUAAACCUGUCCAUUAACAGGCUGGACAGUUUGCCCAGGGGCUUUGGAGCAUUUCCAGUCUUGGAAAUUCUGGAUUUGACUUAUAAUAAUUUGAAGGAGGACGUGUUGCCCGGUAACUUCUUUAUGAUGGAAACAUUAAGGGCACUGUAUUUGGGAGACAAUGACUUCGAGAAACUUCCACCUGAGGUCAAAAAUUUGAAAAACUUGGAAGUGUUGGGUCUUAGGGAAAACGAUCUGGUGGAGCUCCCUCGAGAACUUGGUGAGCUUACCAGGCUUCGAGAGCUCCACGUCCAAGGCAAUCGCUUAACAAUCCUUCCUCCGGAACUGGGAAACCUGGAUAUGUCCUCGAAUAAGGCCGCCUUUAGGUUCGAGGGGAACGAAUGGGUCCCGCCUAUAGCAGAUCAACUUCAAUUGGGCAUCAGUCACUUACAAGAGUAUUUGAGGAGCGAAACUUAUCGCAUAUUGUAUAAUCGUUAUUUGACCAACAAGCCUCCAGUUCCGCCGCCGUGUGUGGAUAAAGCCAAGAAAAUUUCUAGGAUUCGUUAAAACGUUGCAUUUUAUUUGUGUUUUUUAUUAAAAGUAUUAUAUAUAUUGUGUAACAGUUGGUGCCUUAUGUAACAGUGCCUUAAUUGUGUUCAUUUUAAUUUGAUUGUAUAUUUAUUAAUAUUGUCUAUUAACAUACAUGAUUUUUUUUGUAAUUAAACAAAAUCAUUUUAA